AUGAGUUCAGGCUUGAAUAGCUCAAAUGUCGCGAGUGGCGUGCAAUCCUACAAGGAUUUUACAUCGUUGAACGCUUUCGGCACGAUAAGUUUACCGAACUUGACAUUAGAUCACACCGGCAUGACGCCGUUUUUGAAAGGUGGUAACAAUCCUCGUUCAUCCAAUAGACUGCAAGAUGAUACUCCAAGUCAAGGACAACCAGGUGGGAUACCGUUGCAGGCCAACCAUCUAACUGACCCUCUCAAGAGCCAGCCAUCGAGCGAUGAUGGAGACAACAGAAGAACUCAAGAUAAAGACGAGGACGGGUUCCAGGAGGACGAUGACGACAUCAACGAUUCGCACGGCAGCUAUGACGACGAGGACGACGGUGGACGAACAGAUGCGCGUAGACAGGGCGUUUCCCCUCAUCCCAAUUACGAGACCGCGACAGUCCUAACUGACAAUAAAGGACGCCAUUGGGGGAUCAAAGCGUUCUCAAACAAACACUUGUCCAGUAAGAAUGAAAGAGUCCCUUGCAAGGACGGAGAUAGCGAUUUAUCAUGCCGUGGCAACAAGCCAAGAAAAGACGACUCGAAACGAAAUGAUGCCUCGGGCGUCCACGAUGAGGAUUACAGGCUCCCAGCAACGUGGAGGAGUGUAUGGUCGGCAUAG